UAUCCGUUCGCGGGUCUGUCUCCGUGUUCCGGGUUCAUCGAGCGCGGGGGGUUUGAGUAGCGAGAAGCCGCCUCCGUCUGGGGGGGGGUUGAACUGGAAAUCAAAAACGGUUCAUUGAAGGCAGAAGAUCGCUGUUAUCACUACUCCCUCUGCAGUGCUAUGGCUUCAGAAGAGAUGUCUACUCCAGAUGUCAAGGAGUUGUCUAAUGACACCACUCCGAGGAGAACGGUUUGUGGUUCGUCAGCUGGAGGAAAGCGCAGAAGGACACCCUUUGCAGCAUCAGAGAGGCUGAACUCGGCUUUUAAAUCGCCUCUGCAGAGUCGGUCCACUCCCCGCUGUCCGGCAGCCGGCCAGUCCAGCGUGGAAGAGGAGGUGGAGGGCCUGAAGAAGAGGCUACAGGAGCUGGAUUCCGAAAUAGCUCAGUUGCAGACCGAGGGGCUGACUGUGGAGGAGCUGGACAAACACAUUGACCUGCUUCACGAGUACAACGACAUCAAGGAUAAUGGGCAGAUGCUGCUGGGCAGACUGGGUGAAAAUCCAUUCAGCGCGGAACAGCUUUCUGCACAUCUGCUGUUUUCGGCGCCCGUUUGUCCCCGUGAACCACGCGCACAGAUACCGCCCCGUCACCGUAACUCUCGUCACAUCUUGUGCAAGAUGUUAGGUUUCACAUCCAAGUGCCGAACGGCGUCUUAAGGCGGCUCCCCAGGUUAACUCUGGAGCUGGGGUUUUCAGAUCAUGGUGCUACAAGGCAGGGAUGGCAUUCGAUUCUGUAAAAACAAAAUGUGUAAUGAGAAAUCUGUUGCUUUUUUUCCCCCCACUCUUUGUAAUUCGGGUCUCUCCAUCACAGGCAGAAAGGAUUUACACGUCUCCUUGAAGGAGGCUGUUUUAAUCAACAUGCGGGAAUGUAAGAUGGGUUACAAACAACAGCAGCCUUUCAUCCCAUCUAGCUUGUUCGGUUACUAAUAGUAAAUUGAUCCCUGGGUCCCAUCCAGCCAUUCCUUGAGAGAAGCCAGGGUAUGGGCUUUAACAUCAUGGCUGGGGGCGUGCGUCUGUUUCAUACUCCCACCACCCUUUGUGUAAAGACGUCCCUCCAGGUCUGGGUUCUAAAUGCCCUUCCACGUAGCCUUUUGCUCAUACGUGGUAUCCACUUCAACAACCUGGCUGACCACCAUUUAGAGUGCCUUUUUUGUUUUUUAAGAGGUCUCUUUUCCCAGAGUGGGGGUGUUGAUUGCCCUACAG